AUGGUUAGAAGGAAACGCAGCGUUCCUCAGAGGGGCGGCAGGCAACAGGCGAAUGGCGCCGUCGGAGAUGAGCCCGAUGUAUAUCAGCAGAUGCUAGCUGAGGCCGGAGUCUCUGCGCCAGCUGCAAGUUCACCGGAGAGGCCAUUGAAGAGAAGACGCGAGGCCGUUCCAUCUCAUCAGAGACCAGCGGAGUCAAAGGAGCCGGCACAAGCACCACCGGUUAUAGAAGCACCAAAACCGGGACUUGAUCAAAGCGACAGCGACGAUGAGGAGGAGGAUGCGGAAUUUGAAGAUGUCGCUAUUCCGGAACCUACUGUCCAAACCGUCGAAUUAGAGUCAGACGAAGAAGAUGAUGACGAGGAUGAAGAUUUACAUUUUGAAGAUGUUGACUUACUUAUACCCUUGCCGGAUGGAGACUCGGAGCAACCAGAACCCAAGGAACUGGAACUCAAUCUCUCAGCACAAAAAUCUGCCAUGACGUCAAAGCAAGGGGCUGAUAGACGAAGGCCAAUCACCAAAGAAGAAAAAGAGCGCCGCAUUGUUAUUCACAAGAUUCAUUUGCUCUGUUUAAUGGCUCAUGUGGCCAAGAGAAAUCAUUGGUGCAAUGACGCCAAGGUUCAAGACUCCCUCCGGUCUCGUCUGACGGAUAAGAUGAUUCAAUAUCUUACUCCAGGGACCAACCUAUCGCAGUUUGGGAGGACUGAAAGCCUUAAGAAUGGGCUGAAACUGGUUGCAGACAUGUGGAAGACAAAAUAUGAGAUUACAGAGCGCGGCAUGAGGAGAUCUUUAUGGGCAGAAGAGGUGGAGCAUCUUGAUAGCUAUGAACCUCCAGAUGAUAUGGAAUCAUGUCUGGAUAAAUCAGACUUUAGAGAAGCAGCUAAAACGCUACAAGGAUCUCGAGAUGUCGGGGCCCAGCUGUAUUGCGCCCUGUUGCGAAGCGCUGGUGUUCGUGCUAGACUGGUUUGUUCCCUGCAGCCUCUCUCAUUUGGCUCUUCAGGACCUACCCUUCCGAAGGCCAAAGAUACUGCCAAGCCAAAAUCGGUUUCUAAAGCCGAACACAUGCUAUCUCAGGUGGCAAAGUAUAGAGAAAUGGCCGCUGCCGUCUCAUCAGCCUCUUCUGCGGGCCCUUCUACAGCCAGGCGCAGGCUAGGUCACCCAAACGCAUCAGAUUACAGAUUCGAACCCACAGCUGCUCCCACAAGGCCUCGCCCAACCUUUGCAUCGCCCAAGAAAAUGCGAGAAUCAGCUUAUCCAGUAUACUGGGUGGAAAUCCUUGACGUGGGGCACCAGAAAUGGCAGCCUACAGACCCCGUGGUGACGGACACCUAUUGGAAACCAAAGGUCUUUGAACCCCCCAUUACAGAUAAGGAAAACUGUUUAAGCUACGUUAUUGCAUUCAAUGCCGAUGGCACUGCAAAAGAUGUUACCCGGCGAUAUGCCAAGGGAUAUGCAGCAAAGACGCGAAAAAUGCGUAUAGAAACUGCAGUGGACGAUGGUCAACGGUGGUGGCGUAAAGUCAUGAAGAUGUAUCAGCCCAAAACGCCUAGCGAUCUGGACCAGAUUGAAGAUAUCGAGUUGACUGGAGUCGAGGCGAGAGAACCAAUGCCGAGAAAUGUACAGGAUUUUAAAGGCCAUCCUGUAUAUGCUUUGGAGCGCCACCUUCGUCGACAUGAGGUACUCAUUUCAGGGGCCGUGCCGUCUGGAACUGUUGCAGCUGGAGCCCGCGCCCCCCUGGAAAAGGUGUUCCGCCGAAAGGAUGUUCGAAUCGCGAGAAGUGCCGAGAAAUGGUUCCGACUUGGCCACGAAGUCAAGCCAGGCGAAAUUCCCGCGAAAUGGCUACCCAAGCAAGUGCAAAAUAAGAGGUCUAAGUAUGAAGAAGAGGAGCAGGAUGAAGGCGAUGCGGGAACGCCAAUUUACACCGUGGAUCAGACGGAGGUAUAUGAGCCGCCUCCCGUACGAAACGGACGGGUACCGAAAAACAAGUUCGGCAACAUUGAAGUAUACGUGCCUAGCAUGAUUCCAAAAGGUGGUGUUCACAUAGUAAACGAAUACGCUCGACGAGCGGCAUACGUGUUGGGAAUUGAUUGCGCACCAGCGCUUACAGGAUUUCAGUUCAAGGGGCGACAGGGAACGGCUGUAUUGAAUGGAGUGGUCAUCGCAAAGGAAUUUGAAGAGGCCAUUCACGCGACCAUCCAGGGCAUGCUUGAUCUAGAACAAGAGUUGGAAGAUGAGAAGAGGCGAUAUGUAGCACUGAAGCUUUGGAGACGUUUCCUCAUGGGCCUGAGGAUUCGGGAAAGGAUAUGGAGCGGUGUUGGAGAGGAAGAGAGGAAGCAAGCGGAUAGAGAAGCAGAACUACAGGCGGAAGCUGGCGCAGAAAGCGAUGAGACUGAAGAGUUUGAUAUGGUCGUUGAUGACGAUGACGGAGAAGGAGGCGGAUUUUUGAUUGAAUAG